CAAGAAGACCAUGACACCAGAUGACUUCCUUAUGGCCUUCAGGUUUUUAUGGGAGUUGUAACUCCCAUCAACCCUGACCAUUGGUCAUGUUGGCUGGGAAUGAUGGGAGUUAAAGACAAGCAAGGUCAGGGAGCCAAAGAUUCCCCUCUCCUGUUGUAGAUACUGCUGGAGUGUUUCAGACUAGCAAUAAUCAGAAUGGAGAUGCCUGCAGUCGUUGUCUGCCUGUGGUUUGUAUGUGUCUGAAUCAGCAUGCAAGGCCCCAACUAUAGGAUCACCAUCCCUACAGAAUGCCAAUGGCUGGAGGAGGAUCUUUAUGGACAGGCCUCUUAAGCUGCUGGAGUUGUUCAGGACAAUAUUGGGUUGGCAUCACUUACAAUGAAUGAGCUUAACCAUCAUUUCUGAGGAUGCCCUGUGAAUCAGUGUCUUACAGUGCAGAUCCUUACAUGAAGAUUUCCAAGAAUUUCAAUGCAGAAGUGACAGCCAUAAGAAGUGAAAAGAGGAAGCGUGGUUGCAUGCAUGCAUUUCCUUUCCUGAGAAAAGUCCACAAAAUCUUAGAUGGUAUUAAAGUAGCCGACAGCAGAGAUUGAGACAGAGACCAACGGGCGAUGGCUCAAGGUGGAAUCUACAGGAGGUGCGAAGAACCCGAGAACCUGGAAAUCAACGAGAAAAUGGAAAGCUUCUCAUCAAGAAGAGCAGGUGGUUUCCUGCUGCAGCAUUGCAGGUGUGGUUCAAACGAAACAUCCAUAUCCGUCCUUUUCAUUGUGACUGCUGCCUCAUUUCUGCUGUGGACCAUAAUCUCUGCUGUUUUGAUUUCCAAAAAUUUGGAGAUGUCCACACAACUAGAACAGCUGCGUGCCAAUCAGUCCAUGCUGAUAACUAACGGCUCCAACAUGGAGAAACAGCUAGAGAAGAUUCAUUCUAGUCACACUUCAUCUGAAUCUGAGCUAAGUAAGGCCCUGAAGGCACUGGAUACUAAAUAUGAGGAGUCACAGAAGAAUGGGAAUGAAAAGCUGCGUGAACUAUCUAGAGACAGCAUGCAUUCCUUGGCCGAAAUUGAUAAGAUAGAGGAUGCACUACUGAAGAUUAAUGCUUCAACCUGCAAAGUUUGUCCAAUGGGCUGGUUGUUCAACAAAGGAUCAUGCUACAGUUUUCAAGUAAAGGUUGCAGCACCUUGGUCUCAUGCCAAGAAGUCGUGUGAGGACGAAGGUGCCAGUUUGGUUAUUAUCAAUGAUGCCGACGAGCAGAGAUUUCUCGGAUUAAAUCUAAAACAAAAAUCCUACUGGAUUGGUCUCCAUGACAUUGAAACAGAAAACAAAUUUGUCUGGGCGGAUGGAAGUACGGCAACUUAUACCAAGUGGGGUGUAGGGGAGCCGAACAAUCAAGGCCACGGGGAGGACUGUGUCGAGAUGACACCUAGAGGCUGGUGGAAUGAUAUUCCAUGUGGCAACGACAAAGAAGGCUGGAUCUGUGAAAAGACAUGGAGCUGCUAGCUGUGUGGCCAGCAGGAAGAGAACUCGACAUGAGCCAAUCAUGACUCCCUCGCUCUGCUCUUCAUUCUCACAGACCUUCCAACAGUCACUUCUGGCUAAUGGGUGGGCGUAGCAAUCGCCAGUACCAGUUCAUUAAAACUGAGGUGAAGAAUUCCAGCCAGUAUUACAUCAGUAAGUCAGCAGAAAGCUAGGACUCUCCAUACAAUUUUAGCUCUUGUCCAUAACCCACUAGAACUCCCUGUCUACCCUGGGAAUAAAAGCCGGGAGAAUAGCUGGGGAUAAAAGCCAGAGUUCUUGUCUUCCGUCCUAGUUCCUCUUCCUUCUAUAUUAACAUGCUAGAUUAACCUAGUUCUCACAUCCACAAAUUCAAAACCUAAUUAAUCAUUCAUUGAAAAGCCCAAUAAUUUAAUAAGUUCUUCUCUCCCCCCCCCCCCAAUGAAAAUGAGAGGAUGAUAUCUGAGACAGGGCCUUCUUCAGAGUGGCAUUUCCAGGCAUGAGCGCAGCCUAGGGGGUGGGGGACAGCUGCCCCCUCUGUAUCAAGUAAAACAAUAGAAAUACUUAAUGUUAUGUACUGAGCUGAAUCCUAGAACAAUAGGAUCCAGAAUACAGCAGUCUGAUUGGUCCGCAGGAGCUACCCAAUCCAACUCCAGGUGGAAGUGAAUCCGCAACCUGAUUGGCCUGCAGGAGCAGCCAAUCAGGCGGCUGGCAGAAGUGAAUCUGCAACCUGAUUGGCCUGUAGGAGCAGCCAAUCAGGCUGCAGGCAGAAGUCAAUCCACAACCUGAUUGGCCCACAGGUGUAGCCCUGAAGUAGCCAAUCAGGCAAAGCCCAUUGUGUAAAUAAUGUAUAUAAGCAGAUGGUUUUGGGAAAAGAGCCAUUCUUCUCUUCUUCUCCUUGAUGACUAUGAGCUGAAGAAAGAGCAUGAAAUUCACUCCGAGUAUAUUCCACUGGCGACGAAGGUGGCUCCGAGUAUAUUCCACUGGCGACGAAGGUGGGAUCCUGCUGAGCUGACCGCCACCACGCACUGCACCGCAGCACCGCCACCUGCCGCACCGCUGCAUUGCACCGUGCAUCCAGGCUUCAGCUCCAGGACCCAAGGAACCCAGAAUGGCAACCGACAGCAGCUUCUUGCCAUUCAAACCAGCAUCAGGAGACUGGGAAGGGUACGCCGCCCGUUUCAACUUCCUCCUGCAAGCGAAAGAAGUCACCAAUGAUGCCAUGAAGAGGGCAACAUUCUUCAGCGUCUGUGGAGAGGACUAACUGACCAAUCACAUUGGUUUUUCUCCACACUAACAAAAGUCCUAACCCCUUAACAAAAAUCCUGGCUAUGCCCAUGCCUCCAGAGAGGUCUAUUUGAUCCCUACAUUUUUAUUACAGUGGAACCUCGGUUUACAACUACCUCUGUUUAUGAACGCCUCCGUUUACGAAUGCCGCGGACCCGGAAGUGUUUACAUCCGGGUUCUGUGGCAUCGGAUGCACAGAUCGCUCCUGUGCAGCUUGAGCAUGCGCAGAAGCGAUCUAUGCAGCGUGUGUGUGCGCAGAAGCACUCUAUCGGCACUUCGUGCACGCACAAAAGCAUGCCUUCGGGGAGCGAAUGCCUCCGUUUACGAAUGCCUCCGUGGAACGGAUUGCGUUCAUAAACCGAGGUUCCACUGUUUUUCUUUGCUAGCGGAUCUUUUCCUCUAUUUUCCUAGGUUUUAAUAUCUGAAUUCCCUCAUGAGGCUCUUAUGAUGCUCUUCUAAGAUUUCAGAUCCUUUUGCUUUUUUAAAAAACUUAAUCUUCUGGGUUGUUGCCACACUAGCCCUUAAUUUUAAUUUCAUUUUUUUACAAGAAAAUACAAGGUGUGGACAUGAAAAGUUCUUUAAGGUAUUACCGGUACGUACAAGGCUUCUGCGUCUUUAACUAAACACUUUCCAUUUGCACACUAGUUCCUUUUUAUUGCCUUCUGUUGAUACCAACUACUAGGUUAACGAUGAAUAGCUUGUUAACUGUCCCUUGAGUAAUCUCUCUCUUCAUGUCAGUUUCUGUUCCUGCAAGAGAAAAGACCCCUUUCAUUAUUGGAUCUUUCUCUUCUUUUGUUUUUUGUUUGUUUGCUUUUCUUUUUAAAAUAGUGAAAUAGUACUACAAUAAAUUUGUCUUUCUGACUUUAACCCAUGGCUGCCACCAAGAGAAGAAAGCCAGUGUUUUAAAAUUUCUCCAUGGCUGCUGUUGCCAUGAAGAGAAGGAUGCCUACAUGUUAAAAACAAAAAACAAACAAGCUGCAGUUUUCCUUCUCAGCAAGGCAUAAAGGGAGGUGAGGUUGUGGGAUUCGUGGGGGUGACAAGCAGUGCAAGAAGGGCCAUAGCUCCACAUCCAUCCAUCCAUCCAUCCAUCCAUCCAUCCAUCCAUCCAUCUCUAAGUGUGCAAAACUUAGUAUUUAAAGCUCCUCAUUCCAUGGGAACAGAAACUGACAUUACAGUAAAUAGGAGAGCCAAUAGGAGCAAAUAGAAGGCUAUUUGUAAUUCUCCCACCAAGAUUGCUAGGAAAUAAUAAAACGCAAUGGAUUUGUAAUCAAUAAUCUUCCAGUUGAUGUUGCCACUAGCCUUUGCAAAAUGGGUUUUAACUUAUGUAUAAUAGUAGUUGAGGAUCUUUGCCAUGGAUAAUAUAGCACUCUAUUCUUUCAUUUGCUGUGGAUUGUGGGAAAGCAAGGUUCAGGAGCAUGAUAGGACUCAAGUGCGCAAGUGUUCUUCGACAGUUAUGAAAUCUCCUUUGAUGCUUCACCAAACUCAAAUCUGAGACUUUCUUAGAGGAAACUAAGUUGCUUCUUUUUCAGCUGGCAUUUGGUUUUUGUGGUUGGGCCACAAAGAGGUCUAACAUCGCUCAACUAUUUGUACAAAUGGUCCUGUAGAAAAUAAAAUAAAAGUGACUGAUGUGUUUUCAUGCUUUGAAUCUCUAGGGCAGAGGUUGCUAUAAAUUCAAAUAAAAAAUCAAAAUGAAGAACUGUCAUGG